AUGAGUGAUUUAGAAGAUUUUUACGAAUCAAAAUUACGUGAUUCAACCGUUAAUUCAUUUCAUCAAUUAGAAAAAACUGUUUCACCAAAAGAUACAUCAAUUAACAUGAAUUCCUUAUAUUCAACAUCUCCAUGGGUUAAUAAAGCAGGUUCAAGCUCGUCGGCAAAUACUGAAGAUGUCGUUAUUGAACAAACUGCAAAAUUAUCAUUAAAUUCAGACAGCGGUAAAAGUUUAAAUUCAAAUUCAACUGCUUUUAUUAAAGGUAAACCAUCGGCAUGUGUGUUUGUUGCAAGUUUAAAAGCGGAUUUAACUGAUGAUGAAUUAUGUUUAUCGGUUACUCAUCAUUUUGGUAAAUGGGGUCAGUUAACAACAGUUAAAGUUUUAAGAGAUACAAGUAAUAGACCAUAUGCAUUUGUUCAAUAUACUAAUGAUGAAGAAUCCAAAUUAGCAAUUAAAUAUGGUCAUAAUUCAGUCUUAGAUGGUAGAAAUAUUAGAUGUGAAGCAGCAAAAGUUAAUAGAACUUUAUUUGUUACAUUUAAAACUAUAAUUAAUAAAAAUGAAGUUAAAUUACAAUUGGAAAAGUUUGGUGAAAUUGAAGAAUUGAUUCCAAGUACUCCAAAAGGUGGAGUUUUUAAAGAUUAUCAUAAAUCUUAUAAAUCAUGGUUUUGUAAAUUUGUUUAUAGAGAUGAUGCAAUUAGAGCAUUUGCAAGUUUACAAGAUAAUUCAGAUUUAAAAAUUGAAUGGUCACAAAAUAUUGAUAAAGCAAAAUUUAGAAUUAUCAAUAAUUUUGAAAAAUCAACCAAACCAAAAUUUGAUAAAUUUUCAAUCUUUAUUGGUCAAUUAAGUUCAGAAGUUGAUGAAAAUGAUUUAAGAACUCGAUUUGAAAGACACGGUGAAAUUCUCGAAAUUAAUUUAGUCAAAAAGAUUAAUAAUACAUUUGCAUUUAUUAAAUAUAAAGAUGAAUCAAGUGCUGCAAGUGCUGUUGAAAGAGAAAAUCAUUCAAUGUUUUGUAAUAAAACCAUGCAUGUUCAAUAUAAAGAAACUCAAGUUUAUCAUCAUCAUUCAAAAAGUUUUAAUGUUCCAUUAGCACCACCACCUAUUAAUUUAAAUAAAAAGCAAAAAGAAAAGUCAAAAUUUAAUGGUAAUAAUUUUAAUAAAUCAAUUAAAAGAAAUGAUCAAGGUAAGAAAUAUUCAUGGUCACCGACUCAAUUAAAUGUAACUGAUCAAGAACCAAAAUUCAAUUCAACUACAACUAAUUUUAUUCCAAAUGGUCAAGGAUAUCCAAUUUAUUAUUAUAUACCAGUUGAAAAUAAAGAAAAUGAAUUAAAACAACAAGCAAUUACUACAGGACCAUCAUUUUAUAAUGUUUAUCCAACUUUCUUACCAAUGGAAAAUAAUAAUGAUUCAUCUACAUCAGUUAAAAAUGAUUCUCCAAUGUAUAAUAUUCCACCAUCAUUCAUGUAUUAUCCAAGUGAAAAUGAUAUUACAUCACAAGAAAAGAAAUCAUAG